AUGAAUGAGGAUGACUCGGUGCUUUUCGGCGAUCAUGGGCGGGAGACCGGUUUCCCAGGUUUAGACGCCGAGAGAUUCGGGUUUUUUAACCUUGGUGGAGAGAAGGAACUCCACACAAAUUCCGGUUUUUCAAGUUCAGAGGCAGCCAUUGACUUGAUCACUUUGUACAGCAUCCCAGAUUUCAGGUUUCCUGUUUUGUUCUUCUUCCUGGUUGGAAGGGAUCCAAGAUUUGAGCUUGUAUAUGGAUCUGUUGGCAAAGAAGGGUUCAGGAAAAGAUACAAUUUCUUAAUUGAUGAAGACUUUCUUGCUGAAAAAGAAAGUCUUCAAAAAAUGAUUAAAAAAUCUAAGGACCCAAAUACCAUUGAAGAAAUGAAGAGUCAUGUCGCAUGGACUGGUAAGCAGUUGAAGUCUCAUCCUCAAAAGAACGUUGAAUCAGAGAUCUUGCGUGAGCAUAUCAAGAAAGAGAGGGAAGCACGAGCGAAGGCCGGAAAAUGACCAUACUAUCUGAAGAAAUGUGACUUCGCGAAAAGGAAGCUGUUGAACAAGUACAAUGAGCUCAAGGCAGGAAAGCUUGAUGCCUUCAUAGAAAAGCGGAGGAGGAAGAAUGCUUCCAAAGAUCAUCGGUGCAUGCCAUACCGACGGAAUGGAGAUGAUGCAUAAUAAUUUCUUGAUUCUUGAGGCGGAAGGAUGAUUUUAGGAUGGUGGCUGGACAGUCGGUGUCCUCUCUCAAGUUGUUGCCCUAGCCGUACAUUCGUCAGCCCCGGGCACAAUCUUUCAUUGAGUUUAAUAACAAUGUCACGCCUGAAUUGAACCCGGGCACAAUCUUUCAUUGAGUUUAAUAACAAUGUCACGCCUGAAUUGAACAGUGACAGAGCUGCAGAAGCAUGUUUGCAUUGUGUGGCAUAUUCCAGCUCUCGUCCUCUGGCAACAACAGCGCAAUCAAGAACAAGACAUUAUGUGUAGUUCCUAUCCUAAUGGACGAUACUAAUAUAGGUGCAUGUGCAUGACAAAUCCUGUUAAUUCGGAAUGUUAGUGGAAAUUUAGGCCGACAAAUGGUUUGGUAGUGCAAGUUGAUAGGCAGAACACAGCCGAUGUACAUUUCAAAGUUCAAACGAACAAUUUACAGAGGUCCAACAUGUUCCUAGGGGGGACAAGAG